AUGCCACCCCGUGGGGUUGGGAACCCUAUCCCUGAUCAUCAAAGGCGUAGUGACUUCUACCGCUGGCUAGAAACAGAAGUGAAAGUCCUCGUGCGACGGGAUAACGAAGUCACUUACCCAUCGUUACGAACAGGACGACGUAUUUAUCGACCCGAAAACCAUCAGUUCAAGUGUAGCCUGGUGGAAUCUACCUUUGUUUAUAACCUUUCGCAACAGGAACCCGAGGAGAGUGAGGAGAGUGAGGAGAGCGAGGAAAGCGAUGACACUGAGGAGGAAGAGGACAGUGACGACGAUGACGAAGAAAAAGAAGAAGGAGGAGACGCAGAGAGUGAAGAGGACACAGAUGACGAAGAACCAGAGGAAGAUGAACAAAAGAGGAACGAAGGGUUGAAAAGCUUGCCUGUUUUCUCAUUUCUGACCCAGGAGACCACCCGCCUGUGGUACUUCCCAUACAGAAAGUGA